AUGGAAAAGAAAGGCCCGCUGCUGAGCAGGCAGCGGGUGACCAGAGAGCAGAGCCGGCGGGUCAGGUUGCUGAACAAGCAGCCUGCAAAGUCUCUGGAUCAGCUGCAGGAAUGGAGCCUGGAACCCCAAAGGGUGAGAGACUCCCCGCAUGGGAAAAGGAAUAUGGAAGUUGAAUUCGUCUCUCCUGGAAGAAGCGAUGAGACUCCCCGCAUGGGAAAAGGAAUAUGGAAGUUGAAUUCGUCUCUCCUGGAAGAAGCGAUGGUAAGACAAUCCUUUGAGGAUUUCCUUCAGAGCCAGGAACCUUUGGUGGACAUGUGCAACAGUAAGUCGGAGUGGUGGGAGAUGUUUAAAAAAAGGACGGCGAGGUUUUUCCGAAAGCUCUCUAACCUCAGGAGCUGGGACAGAUACCGUCUGUACCAGGAACUGAGGAAGAAACUUGAAAGACUUGUGUCGACGGGAGAUAGCCGCGAGGAUAUCUCUCGUGUAAAAUCCUUGCUCAAGAGGUGUCAGUAUGAUAGGUACGCCUCUUUGGUUGCCGAGAGGGAUUUCGGGAAAUACCGCUCGCCCGACCCUUACGGGAACUGUAAGAUGGCAGUAAGAAGUAAACUAGUGAUGGGCCUGGUUGACAGUACAGGCUCCCUGAAUAGGUCCAAAUCAGGGAUCCUGGAGGUCGUCAGGUCCUUCUACUCUCACCUCUUUGGUAGGAAAGAACUGAAUCGGGACAGUCUUUCAGCUUUCUUGGCUGGGGCGAUUCCCGGGGCGGGAAUGGACCCCUCUCUUGAUAUUUUGACAGAACCUAUCAGGGAAGAGGAAGUGAGACUGGCCAUUGAUGGGCUCAGGCCCAAAAAAUCGCCAGGUCCGGAUGGCUUAACAUCCGAGUGGUAUAAGACUUUUAGGGAACAAUUGGUUCCUCUCUUGACCGAGGUGUAUAACGAGUGUCUUUCCUCGGGCAAUCUGCCAAGGUCAAUGGGAAAGUCCGUCCUGAUUCUUCUGACAAAGGGUAGGGAUCCAUCCCGCAUUGAGAAUUGGAGACCCAUAUCGCUUCUCAAUGUGGACAGAAAGAUUUUGGCAAAAAUACUCUUCUGCAGACUGGCGAAAUUUGCGCCGAAGCUCCUUUCGGGGUCCCAGCAUUGUUCAGUUCCCGGGCGGAGCGCUUUUAGCGCCGUUCUCAGUGUCCGGGAGGCCGUGGAACGGGGCAGGGCGGGUCUUUGGAAGGGGCUUUUGUUAUCCCUGGAUCAGGCUAAGGCUUUUGACCGAGUGAAUCACGAAUACCUGUGGUCUGUCCUCUUGUGGUAUGGUCUACCCGGGAGGUUUGUAGAUUGGCUAAAAACCUUGUACAAAGGGGCCGAGAGUUUCCCGUUGGUUAAUGGUUGGCUGGGUCGUCCUUUUGAGGUGGCUUCCGGUGUCCGCCAGGGAUGUCCUUUAAGCCCUCUGCUGUACGUGUUUGCGAUCGAUCCUUUCAUCAGAAGGGUAGAUCGCGGACCGUUGGCGGGGGUGAGGAUGGAACUGGCGGUGGGGGGGCCAUCUCUGAAGGUGGUAGCGUACGCUGAUGAUGUCUCUAUUUUUACCUCUUCGGAAGAGGAGGUGGGAUGGGUGAUGUCGGAGGUGAAUCGCUAUUCGGAAGUUUCCGGGUCCCAGAUUAACCGGGACAAAUGUGAGACUCUCUGGCUGGGGGAAGGGGAUCCUGUCUUCGAUCUCCAGGGCACUCUUCCAGAACCCCAGAAAUCAGUAAAGAUCUUAGGCAUCAACUUUGGCCAAGAUGAGGAUUAUCAUCAACAAAAUUGGGAGGGUAGACUGAAAGAUGUCGCCCAAAGGGUGGACCGCUGGAAGGGGUGGUCUUUAUCCCUCAGGGAAAGGGUUCACUUGUGCAAAGCUUACCUGAUUCCUGUGCUUUUAUAUCUGAGCAGUGUUUGUGUCUUGCCAGGCUCUCUCUGGGCAACGGUCUACAGCCUCUUUUUCCAGAUGUUAUGGGGAAAUAGGCUGAACCUAAUCAGGAGAGAGGUGACUUACCGCACAAGGAGACUAGGCGGGUUGGAUAUGGUCAACCCAGUGGUAUUUUUAACAAAUACCUUCUUGAAAAUAAACAUUGCAAACCUCUGGAAAGAGAGGGCUCCUUUGUGGGUAAUUUCCUGUAGGGAAUGGUUCCGGCCCUUCUUCCAGGAAUGGGAGACAGGAGGGCGUGUGAAAGACCUGCGUGCGUCACAUGGACAUCUCCCGGCUUACGUUGCUCCGGUUCUGAAGAUCAUAAGGCGGUGGGGCCUGAGAAGGACUGAGAUAGAGACCAUGUCGAGGGGUUCCCUUGACAGGGGGGUCCUGUCUUCUUUCUUCCAGGCGCCGCUGGCCUUGAAGGAUUGCCCAAGUCAGGAUCUGGAGGGUGGGCUACUUUUGCUUAAUUUAGAAAGGAUCCCUAAGAAGGUUUGGGAUGUGACUUGGCGCUGCUUUCAUGGAAAGCUAUAUGUAAGGGAUAAUAUGAAGUGCAGGAACUCCGAGGAAAGGGGUUGUCCCCGGGAGGAGUGUGGGGGCGUGCUAGAAAGCAUGGACCACUUCCUGCUUCACUGUCCCUUUAAUAUAGAGGUGUACAAAAAGGUGGGGUCUUCCAUCGGUUGGCCCAGGCUGGCCACCUUGUCUUAUGCGGAAUGGGCCUAUGGCGCAUUCAAAGACCUUGGUGGCAGGGACCGUCGCACUUUAUUUUUAGUGAUGCUUUUUCAGGGCCCUUCAUCAGACCAAAAGACAAACCUGUUCACGCAGAGCUAUAGCUCCGUUAAUGAGAUCACCACCGUAGCUCCGUUAGCACAAACUGGCGCUCAGAUCAUGGUGAAAAUUGGAGGCCCCAGACCUGGAGAUCAAGCUACGCUUGACAGAAAAAAUCCUACCUCCGGUGAGAUGGAUAAGUUUAUAAAAAAAACUGCUAUUCUCCACGUCUCUAAAGAUCCCAAGAUGGCGCAGACCCCUACCCGCGCCCCGCGCUCAAAACAAAACGAGCCGCAGGAUCAAGCCACCGGAGGUGAAGAUGACACGGAUGACCUUCCAAUCUCACGCUCCUUCUUGAAAGAAUUGCUAUCCUCUUCCCUAGCAUCCGCCCUGGAGCCACUAAGCUCCGACUUAGCCGCGAUUAAACAAGAUAUAUCGCAGGUGGGAGGACGAGUGGAGACCUUGGAAAUCACUCAGGAAGCCAUUAUCCAUCACCAAUCUGAAGUGGCGCAGCGCUUCCAAGCCAUUCAACAGAGGAUGAACGGUCUCUGCAACUCCCUGGAAGACCAAGAAAACAGAGGUAGGCGCAACAACCUACGAUUCCGUGGCAUCCCUGAAACCGUAGACACAGGAGAUAUCGCCAAUACAGUGGUGCAAAUUUGCAUGUCCCUUCUGGGCCCUGAGUCCGCCCAUGAGGUCAUUUUAGAGAGAGCACACCGUGCACUAAGGCCCAAACCAGCUCCCUCAGCCCCACCAAGGGACAUUAUCUGUAAAUUUCUCAGCUUUCCUGUUAAAGAAGCAAUCAUCCUUAAAGCACGACAGUCUGGCAAAGUAUCCUGGGAUGGCCAAGACAUACAAAUCUUUCAAGAUCUAGCACAAUCCACCCUAGACAAAAGAAGGUCCCUUAAACCUCUCACAGGCUGGCUUAGGGAACACAAGAUCCCUUACAGGUGGUCCUUCCCAUUUGGCCUAUCAUUCACGUAUGAAGGUCGCAGACUCUCUAUUUCCAACUAUGCUGACCUGGAUCAAGUCUUCGACCAUCUACAGAUUGAGCCCCUUCAGAUAGAAAAUUGGGACCCUAUCCAGGACUUAUCCAACCUUCCUGAAUUACCACACCCAGGAUGUAUGCCGCUUUGCGGACUCUUUAAUUUCCUGCAGUUGGGAAAGAUGCUAUGUGCUUAUCUGUACUUCCAGAUGGGUCUUGGGUGUGAGUCCCUGGUGGUGAAAAGCGACGUGACUGCCCUCCCUCUUUCUAUAAGAAUAUCUCUUCAUUUAGCAAGACAUCUCCUGGUCUUCAUGUUCGCCAUAGAAGAAAUAAACAGAAGAUCUGACCUCUUACCUAAUAUCACUCUGGGAUACAAGAUCUAUGACUCCUGUGUGUUAGAACAUAAAGCUGUACAGAGUGCACUGAGUAUACUGUCAGGACGAGAAGAAGCCGUCCCCAACUACAGCUGUGAUGAGAAGAACAACGUGGUGGCUUUUAUUGGACACUUGAUGUCUACCUCCAGUCUGUCCAUAGCGGAGAUAACUGGGAUCUAUGGCUAUCCUCAGAUCAGCUAUGGAGCGAUGGAUCCCAUCUUCAGUAACAAGCUCCUGUUUCCUUAUUUCUAUCGCACAGUCCCUGAUGGGUCCACUCAGUAUGAAGCCAUUGUCCUCCUACUGGAGAAAUUUGGCUGGAGCUGGGUGGGGAUGGUGACAGUAGAUGAUGAAAGCAGCCAACGAGCCAGCAUGGAACUCCACAAUCUUUGA